AGAAAAUGUUAUCUUGUAAAAUGAUAUAAUUUUUGUUUUUCAGAGUCAGGAGGAUCAUGGUAAACGCUACGCAGGUUUCACUUUUCACACUAAGUGCCUAUUUUGAUACUGGGGUUUUCAAAUAUUUAUAUUUUAUUAUUAUCAUAUCUUCAUAUAUUGUAAUACUUUGUACCAAUCUUUUGCUGAUUGUGGUUAUCUGUAAGAACAGAAGCUUACAUGAACCUAUGUACCUUUUUCUGUGCAGCCUGUUUGUAAAUGAACUGUAUGGUAGUACAGGGUUGUUUCCAUUCCUUCUGGUUCAGAUCCUCUCUGACAUUCACACUGUUUCUGCUCCAUUCUGUUUCCUGCAGAUUUUCUGUGUGUAUACUUAUGGCAGUGUAGAGUUUUGCAACUUAGCUGUCAUGUCUUAUGACAGAUAUCUUGCUAUCUGUUAUCCUCUGCAAUAUAACACACGUAUGACAUCUAACAAGGUUGCCAUGCUUAUUGCUCUAACAUGGUUAUUUCCUUUUCUUGCAAUUGCUGUUUUGAUAUCUUUGAGUGCACCUCUAAAGCUGUGUGGAAACAUCAUUGACAAAGUUUACUGUGGAAACUACUCCAUUGUUAAGCUGGCCUGUGCUGACACCAGAGUGAACAACAUUUAUGGACUCUGUUACACUGUCAUCUCCAUCAUCAUUCCUCUACUUUUAAUCCUUUACACUUACAUGAAAAUCUUUAAAGUGUGUUUUUCUGGUUCCAAACAGACCAGACAGAAAGCUGUCAGUACCUGCACACCUCACCUCGCUUCCCUGCUUAACUUUUCUUUUGGUGGUUCUUUCCAAAUAAUACAGAGCCGGUUUGAUAUGAGCAGUGUACCCAACAUGUUGAGCAUCUUAUUAUCGUUAUACUUUCUAACAUGCCAGCCGCUCUUUACCCCAGUGCUGUACGGGCUGAAAAUUUCUAAAAUCCGCAUGAUCUGUAAACGCCUGGUGUGUGGUAAAGUGUGAGAUUAGUUCAGUUUUACAUACAUGAAACAGCAAUA